AUGCCAGCAAAAAAUAUUUUAGCAAACUCUCUUUUUGAAAUAAAGAAAAUACCCAAUAUUGCUCCUAAAUCUGAAAUAGCAACUAUUUUUCCACCAAAAAAAGAAAUAAAAACUUUUGCUGAAUUGUAUGAGGCUUAUCCCUCUUUAUUAACUCCCUCUAAAAUAAAAUGCCCUGGGUGUAAAGCAAAAAGAAUAGGGAAGGAUAAAUUAAUACUGUGUGAUAGUAGGUGUUUUGUUAAAAAUUGGAUAAAAGACCAUGGCUAUUUAAACAGCAAAAACAGAGAGGAAAUUUUGGCUUAUUUUACUUUUAAAGAUUUACCCAAACUAACCCAAGAAUUAUUUAGAGAUUUUAGUAAGCACUCUAAAAAAAAGAAAAAUCGAAAACUUAAUCGGCAUAAAGAUAAAUGUUAUAUUCAAAAUCACUACCGAGAAAAAGUAUUAAUUGAAAUUAUGGCUAGCAAAAAUUAUUUAUUGGUGGAAAAAUCAGUUGCCAAGGAAAGUGAAAAUUAUUUAAAAUUUCCUUUAAAAAAAGUGGUGUAUAAAAAUUCAUCCUAUUCUUCUUAUAUAUAUAAGACUUGUUUUUUUUAUUAUACACCUACACACACGAGUACAUACGAUAGGGCAAAUAACUCCAAUAAUGCUUCUGACCUAAUUGUCCAUUUAGAGAGGAAUAAAAAUAAUAACCCCUCUAAUGAAAAUGCAAAGGAAAAAACAAACAAAAAUAACCCUCCGAAUACAAAAAUAUGGGAAAAUUACAAAUCAAUCAAAAUAAUAGGAGAAAAUGCCAAUUAUGCGGUUUUACUUCCCGAGUUUCUCCGAAAAUUUAUUACUAAACUAAACAGGCUGUGGGAAGAAGAAUUAAAAGUCAGAGGUUCCAAUUAUGUAGAAGGCAAGUUGUUAAAUAAAUUUCGUCGUUUGACUUUUGAAGAAAAAUUUAGUCGUGGUAAAGAAUUAAGUGUGCUAGUUGAAGUAGACGCUCAAAUUAUAGCCAUUGCUAAAAAUGAAAGAAAAUAUAAAGAAAAACGGACAAAAUAUUCUUUACUAAUCAAUGAAGAAAUUAAUAAAGGAAUUUUGAUUGAAGGAAUGGGACUAAAUUCGCAGUAUGAGCGACAAGAAAAAUAUUUACUUAGCAUGCUUGCAGGAAUAAAUUUAGUUUUAUUUUGGGCUAUCGGUUGGUGGUUUAGUAAGAUUACUGUAAACUGUUUAACUUAUGGAAAUUACAGUGCAUCAGUUCAAAGAAUUAACGAUUUUCUUCAAUUGUCAGAAAAAAACGAUAAUUUAGAGAAGUUGAAACUAACCAAAGAAAUUAAGUCUAUUACCUUCGAGAACGUUAGUUUUAAAUAUCAAAACAACCAAGAAUGGGUUCUCCGAAGCCAUAAUGAAACUUUUCAAGCAAAAAAAAUAAAUCGAUUGAGCGGUGAAAAUGGAAAAGGUAAAAGCACCAUUCUUUAUCUUAUCCUUGGAUUAAUUAAACCUGAUAGUGGCCAAAUAACCAUUACUGACAUUCAAGGACAAAAUUAUAAUCUCCCCCAAGAUAUUAAUUUACAAGCCUGA